AGACGCCCUCAGUGCUUCGCCAUCGCUGCUAGAGGCUCGUCCUAAAAUCUCAGUUCUCAAGUCAGGAUGCAAAGACAUUUUAAAUUAACGCCAUGAUUCAAACAGCUCGAAUGACAUGAGUAUUUAUCUCAUUUGAGUGCUUCAUUAUCGGCCCGGACUUGAUCCCUCCACAGAGAACCCCUAAUUUGAUCAAUACCAUCACUCACACAUGGCUUUUGCUAGCACACUGUUGAGGACCUUCAUACUCAAAGGCUCUCAAAGGCAAUCUUUUCCUGUUUUCAUUCGAAAACUGCCAUCCGAUGCAAUCCCAUUGCUCACUUCUCUUCACUCCCACCGGUUGCGAAGCCUCUGUGGCAACGCUUCCUCGCAAUUGACUCCCCAGAUCAAGAGUGGGUUUGAAUCGGAAUCAAAUAUGCAGAGGCGGUCCAACAUUGUGGAGAUCUUGGAGGAAAGGGGUUUACUAGAGUCUAUCACCAAUGAGAACCUCCGUUCCAUUUGCUCUGAUCCCGAUCACCCUCCCCUCAAAGUCUACUGUGGUUUUGACCCGACUGCAGAAAGUCUCCAUCUUGGAAACCUUCUUGGUCUUGUUGUUCUUGCAUGGUUCCUUCGUUGUGGCCAUAAAGUUGUUGCUCUCAUUGGUGGAGCCACCGGCCGCAUAGGUGACCCUUCUGGCAAGAGUUUAGAGCGACCCGAGCUCGAUAUUUUAAAAUUGGAACAGAACAUUGCUGGAAUUUCUGCCAACAUUCGACAAGUACUAAUGUCUCCAGAUUCAUCCAACCUUAAUUCGAGCAUUCAUAUUCUAGACAACUAUGACUGGUGGAAAGAUGUGAAAUAUCUAGAUUUCUUGCGCGUUGUUGGUAGGUUUGCAAGAGUUGGUACUAUGAUGUCCAAAGAAAGCGUGAAAAGGAGAUUAGAAAAUGCAGAGCAAGGAAUGAGCUAUGCAGAGUUCUCCUACCAAUUGUUGCAGGGCUAUGACUAUGUGCAUUUGUUUGAAAAUGAAGGCGUCACGGUUCAAAUUGGUGGCAGUGAUCAAUGGGGAAAUAUUACAGCAGGAACGGAUCUUAUUCGCAAGGCAAUCCGAAAAUCUUCUGAGGUUGAGGUUUCUCCUGUGGCUUAUGGCUUAACAUUUCCCCUUCUCCUCAAGAGUGAUGGGACCAAGUUUGGGAAAUCUGAAGAAGGGGCAAUAUGGCUGUCUCCUUCACUUUUAUCUCCUUACAAGUUCUAUCAGUAUUUCUUCUCUGUUCCUGAUUCUGAUGUGGUGAGGGUUCUCAAGAUUCUUACAUUUCUUAGCAUCGAUGAGAUUGAUGACCUCAAAGAUCAAAUGGUGAAGCCUGGUUAUGCUCCUAAUACUGCACAACGUAGACUGGCAGAGGAGGUUACACGGUUUGUUCAUGGGCAAGAGGGAUUGGAUGAGGCCCUUAAGGCUACAGAAGCCUUGAGGCCCGGCAAUGCAGAUACUAGGUUGGAGUGGAAAGCCAUAGAGAGUAUUGCUGGGGAUGUUCCAUCAUGCUCAUUGCCUUAUGAUCAUGUGUUGAAUAUUUCGCUUUUGGAUCUGUCGGUUUCUAGUGGCUUGCUGGAGAGUAAGUCUGCUGCGCGGAGAAUCCUCAAACAAGGAGGACUGUACUUGAACAAUGUCCGGGUUGAUAAUGACUCUAAGAGGAUUGAGGAGGAUGAUAUUUUGGAUGGAAAAGUUUUGCUUUUGGCUGCAGGGAAGAAGAACAAGAUGGUUGUGAGAAUUUCCUGAUCUGCUGCAGCUGCUACUACUGUAAACUAUAUUUUUAUUUCAUUUGUUUGCAAAAACAAUUAUCAAUUUAUCAUCAUCAUUAAAAUAGAUAAACCUUUUUUGCCUAGUUUUAUAGCUUGCACAAGUUUAUAUGCAGUGGAGUCUAGGGUAGUGGAGAGUGAGUGUCGUAGGUAGGGCAGUGACUGGAUUCGGGCAGGUUGCCAGAUGGAUUGAGCAGAUUCAUCCUUUCACCUUGCUCCUCUUGGUGGUCUCUAUAUGCCAGCAUUUGCAAGUUGAAAACAUAUGUGCUUGAUUAUAAAGAACGAGCUUCUGUUGGAUU